UCACAUGACUAGGGCUGACCCGCCUCCUGCGCUGAAGACUUCCCCUCUCUCAGUGACAGAGCCUCUGGGUCCCGUCUAGGUGCAGAUUCUGCAUUUCGAGCCCGGGCAGGUAAAUUUAACACAAUGGAUUUCUCCAAGCUACCCAAAAUCCGCGAUGAAGAUAAAGAAAGCACAUUUGGUUAUGUGCACGGUGUCUCGGGGCCUGUGGUCACAGCCUGCGACAUGGCGGGCGCUGCUAUGUACGAGCUGGUGAGAGUGGGGCACAGUGAGCUGGUUGGAGAGAUUAUUCGAUUGGAAGGUGACAUGGCCACCAUUCAGGUGUAUGAAGAAACUUCUGGUGUCUCUGUUGGAGACCCUGUACUCCGCACUGGUAAACCUCUCUCGGUAGAGCUUGGUCCUGGCAUUAUGGGAGCCAUUUUUGAUGGUAUUCAGAGACCGCUGUCAGAUAUCAGCAGUCAGACCCAAAGUAUCUACAUCCCUAGAGGAGUAAAUGUGUCUGCUCUUAGCAGAGAUAUCAAAUGGGAGUUUAUACCCAGCAAAAACCUCCGGGUUGGUAGUCAUAUCACUGGUGGAGAUAUUUAUGGGAUUGUCAAUGAGAACUCGCUCAUCAAACACAAAAUCAUGUUACCCCCACGUAACAGAGGAAGUGUGACUUACAUCGCACCGCCUGGGAAUUAUGAUGCUUCGGACGUCGUCCUGGAGCUUGAAUUUGAAGGUGUGAAGGAGAAGUUCAGCAUGGUGCAAGUGUGGCCUGUGCGCCAGGUGCGGCCUGUCACUGAGAAGCUACCAGCCAAUCAUCCCCUGCUUACUGGCCAGAGAGUCCUCGAUGCCCUUUUUCCGUGUGUUCAGGGAGGAACGACUGCUAUCCCAGGUGCUUUCGGCUGUGGGAAGACUGUGAUUUCCCAGUCUCUAUCCAAGUACUCCAACAGUGACGUCAUCAUCUAUGUCGGAUGCGGUGAAAGAGGAAAUGAGAUGUCAGAAGUUCUUCGGGACUUCCCUGAGCUCACCAUGGAAGUCGAUGGUAAAGUCGAGUCAAUCAUGAAGAGGACAGCGCUGGUAGCCAACACCUCCAACAUGCCUGUGGCUGCAAGAGAAGCCUCCAUCUACACUGGAAUUACACUAUCAGAAUAUUUCCGUGACAUGGGCUACCACGUCAGUAUGAUGGCCGACUCGACCUCUAGAUGGGCUGAGGCCCUCAGAGAAAUCUCUGGUCGUUUAGCAGAAAUGCCUGCAGACAGUGGAUACCCUGCAUACCUUGGUGCCCGGCUGGCUUCUUUCUAUGAGCGAGCAGGCAGAGUGAAAUGUCUCGGGAACCCAGAGAGGGAAGGGAGUGUCAGCAUUGUGGGAGCAGUUUCUCCACCUGGUGGUGAUUUUUCUGAUCCAGUCACUUCUGCAACUCUGGGUAUUGUUCAGGUAUUCUGGGGCUUGGAUAAGAAGUUAGCUCAACGCAAACACUUCCCCUCUGUCAACUGGCUCAUCAGCUACAGCAAGUACAUGCGCGCCUUGGACGAGUACUAUGACAAACACUUCACAGAGUUCGUUCCUCUGAGGACCAAAGCUAAAGAGAUUCUGCAGGAAGAAGAGGAUCUGGCGGAAAUUGUGCAGCUCGUGGGAAAGGCAUCUUUAGCAGAGACGGAUAAAAUCACUCUGGAGGUUGCAAAGCUUAUUAAAGAUGACUUCCUACAGCAGAAUGGGUACACUCCUUAUGACAGGUUCUGUCCAUUCUACAAGACAGUGGGGAUGCUGUCCAACAUGAUUUCAUUCUAUGACAUGGCCCGCCGAGCUGUGGAGACCACUGCCCAGAGCGACAAUAAGAUCACAUGGUCCAUUAUCCGCGAGCACAUGGGGGAGAUUCUCUAUAAACUGUCCUCCAUGAAAUUCAAGGAUCCAGUGAAAGAUGGGGAGGCAAAGAUCAAGGCCGACUAUGCCCAGCUCCUUGAAGACAUGCAGAACGCAUUCCGUAGCCUUGAGGACUAGGACUGUGACUUCUUUCCUCUUCCUCGGCAAGCUCACACAUGGAUAUUUUCCUGAGUUUCUCAUCUCCAACCCUCUGCUUCCGUAUUGUGCAGCUUUGAGACUAGUGCCUCUGAGUUCUUGUUCAUUUUGCUGUUUCUUUGGUAGGUCUUAUAAAACAAACAUUCCCGUGUUCCAGUGUUUGCAGGAGCUCCCUGGCCUUUUUCUGAGUACACGUAGUGCAUAUGGUACACAUGUAACAUGUGCAUCGUAACAUGAGUCAUACUGUAAGCCUGUAUGUAAGGUGACCACCCCUUCCCUUGUCUCCAGGAAACUGUAAACAGGACUGCUGUGUGGGCUCUGUUGGGAGUGAAAGGCCAGAUCUCAGCACUGUGGAUGGUACUUAAACGACUCAGUGUCUAUAGUUAGACCGCUUACAACUUAGUGUUUUGCAGGAAAUAUUUCCAUUUAAAAACAUAAAAGAUUAAUGUUCCAAUUAUCUGUAGCUUCCCCAGUAUCAAUCAGGACAGUUUGUGGGGCACGUGGGAACUAUUUUGUUUUCUAACAGACAUUUACAAGGCUGAACAUAAUAGAUAUCAGUUCCCUCUGAAAAUGUGAGAGGAAGGAAAGAGCCGAGUGGUCAGACUUAAACUGACGUCAUCUUGUUAAGGCGUAUUUUAUUUCACUAAGAGAAAUUUAAUAUCAAGGACUUUUAUAUACUCAAUUACUAGGAAACUUUUUUUUAAGUACAAUUUAAAAAUCAUUGAAAAUGUGAUCACAUCAUAGCCAUUCUUUUCCUCAGACUUAGUCAGGCAAGCUUCCCAGAGGGCGGUGGGGUGGGGAUUAGAGUACCGCAGACACACAGCAGUGCCGCAGGCAGUCGCCCCUGGAGAACCACCUGCCUCCUGCCAUAGGAGUUUGGGGCCAGAGUGGCAUUGUUUUCACAUGGUACAUGUUCUCACAAGGUCACCUGUUUGUUUACCUGCUGACUUUCUGAAAACAGCAAGCUUACCAAUUGUAGAAAAUAUUUUAUGUGUUUUCUUUUUCACUGGCUCAGAAAGCUUCUUAAAAGUAUCUGGUACAGCAGCUUCCUUUCUGUUAAUAGAGAUAAAAGUUGUUCUUGUAUUUAACUGGUAACAAAAAAAAAAAGAAAAGAUCAAUUUUUGUCUUGCUGUUUCAGUUGUUUAAAUAAUAAUUCCCACAUUUGCAUAAUAAGGCUCGCUUCAGAGAGCUCGAGAGCCAGCUCCCUGUUCUCUCUCAGGCUGCGAGUGCUGGCCCGUGCUUCCUCUUCAGGAGGGGAAGGCUAUUGGAAGAUGGCUAACACUCAAGUGCACAAGUGUACUACGUGAAGUAUUUAUUAUAAGCCUUGGUGUGUUGUUUAAAUUAUUAGGUAGUGCAUUUCUUAGGGUCUUUUGGUGACACAGUUAGUAUAGACUUCAGAUGUGAUGUGUAAAUCCUUGCUAGUGCAUGUCUACACGGUGGACUGCUAUUCAAGAAGGAUGUUCUUCCACCUAUUGACCACUGUUGACAGUUAUGGAUUACACAAUGACUUCUUGAAAGGGAGGGGGGGUUAACGGUGCUGCUUAAUCGGUUCACUUCCAAUGUGGCUUUCCGCCCAGAAGCCCUGACUAGUGGAGAGGAGAAGAUUUCAAACCCUCUGCUUAUACGACCAGCAAGCUAGGCUUGUGAUCAGAGUGAAUGAUCCCAAGAAACUACUUGACCAAGUUUGUUUUUGUUGUCCUGGAUUUGAGAUGUGCAUUCUUCCUCGCUCUAAGACUGUUGAUGUAUGAGUGUAAAGACGCUACAGAAACAAGGCCCAGAUCUUCACUGUAACUUUCCCUUCAUCCACACUGUAGAGCUUCAGAUUGUUCACUGAUAGUGCGUCUUUAGUAAGGAUGUGUUAAAACAUAGCAGUCUUUUUAAAAGAUUAUGCAGUUCUCUAUUUAUUGUGCUGUGCCUGCUCCUAAGUGCAGCCGGUUAAACAAGUUUCAUAUGUAUUUUUCCAGUGUUAAAUCUCAUACCUAUGCCCUUUGGAAACUUUCAUCCUGAACAAUGAAUAGAAGAGGCUAUAUAAAUUGCCUCCUUAUCCUUAAGAUUUCACUAUCUUUAUGUUAAGAGUAAUGUAUAAUUAUUAAAAUCUAUGAAAAAUAAAAAGUGGAUUUAAGUUAA